AUAGUAGAGUACUGGUACACCUAGUACACCUGCAUACACGCAGACCUUACUCUAAUCUAGCCCCCGCCCCAUCAGGUUCCCACUCGCUGGGGGUGGAAGGGAUCGAGUUGAUCGAGUUGUGGUUACCACUGCCGCCACUGCCACCAGUGCACCCCCACCGGGCGGUCGAAGAAGGAGGGCGGCCGGCCACGAUGGACGCCAAUAUGUAUUGUACAUAAAGUGCAUUGCCGCCGCCUUCUGCCUGCGUGGCCCUCUGCUCGACACAAGCAAAUAACCAACCAAGCAACCAACUAGUAACCACUCUUUACCGAAUCAUGUACGCCAAAACAACCUUUUGGACUGCGGCCGCGGCGGCGCUCUUCCAGCUCGCCAUCGUGAACGCUGAGAAGCAGACGAUCGAGUACACCUUCACGCCCGGCGGCGAGUUCGACUGCAAUGCGGGAGCUCUGAACAGAACCUGCGGUCCAGGAGAUCCGUACGGAGGCUGUGUCUACGCCCCUGAGGCAGAGACCCCGAGCUUGUGGUGCUGUCCUGCUGGCGACCUCUCCUGCUGGGGCUGGUCCACCGACUGCAAGUCCGGAUCGAAACAAUGCAAAUCCGACGGGAACAGUAAGCCCUCCCGUCCUUUCCCUCCCAUCCCUUCCCAUCCCUUCCCCUCCUUCUCCUCCGGCACUAACCCCCCUCCCCCUUCAGCCUGGUGCUGCGACGCGCAAUACGAAGAAUGCGAAUACACGGGGGGCAAGGUAAACCUGUGCCUUCUCCGUCAGGACGUAUUCCCGAACCCGCAGGCGGAGCUGCCCGCCAAAAAGGAGUUCGGCGACAAGCUCGACGCAGUGUCCACCAAGAUCGUAGUCGACGUCGCCGCGCAGACGUCGAAGCCUUCGGCGAGCUCGGCGUCGAAGGGGAGUUCGGCGACGGCGACGGCUACGAGGUCCGGCGCUGUUGCGAGUGCGAGUGCGAGUGUGAGUGUGUCUAAGGGGGACGAUGAGACGUUUACGAGGACGCGUUCCACGUCGUCGGCUCCGGGCAGCGCUGAGGCGACGACGGAGGAUGCGAGCUCCACGGCGGCUGAGGCGACGAAUUCUGCGGCCGGCGAGGUGACUGGAUCGGCGGUGCCGGAGGUCUCGACUGGUGCCGGCGGCAGGAACGGUGCGCAGAUGGCGAUGCCCGUGGGUGGUGUGCUGGUCGGGUUUGUUGUUGCUAUGCUGGGUUGAUCGGAGCAAGUACGGCCGAAUGGCAGGACUGGACGGGACUGGACGAGUAUGUAAUUUGUAAUUGAGAGAUGUGUACUUAGAUAGCGGUUGCUCUGUAUUCUACAUUCUGAUACUUACUAUACUAUAUACCUAUACGUCCGCGCAAUGGCAUACCUAG